AUGGUCAAUUUUCGUAUACCCAAGGACUUUGUGUCGAUGGCGGCAGAGAUAUUCGACACGCCAGCACCUAUCCUGCAGGCGAUAGCACGAGCAGCGACGAUGAAGCCUCCUCGAAUGCAAGAUCUCCUCGUGGUUCUCGAUGUAUUGAAAACCAGAGAUGCCCUAAAAUACAUCCCCCAAGCCAUAGGCAUCUGUCUCCCCCUCAUCGACGUAUCCGAUCCUGAACUCACGGCGCCGGAAACCAGUGGCAAAAUUCGACCCCAGUGCGGGCGAUAUCUCAUUGGACUGAUGGGACUGACGAUGGUCAUGGAACAUGCGCAGAGAGACCGUUCCAUCAUCACCCCGAGCCUGAUGCGCCGAAUUAACGACAAGCUGGACGACAUCUUCAAGGCAAUAGAUUACGGUCUUACCUGGGCACAAUCCGCACGCGACGACGAAGCGGUUCCGUAUCCACACCUUCAACCAUCGGGGUUUCCUACGCCGGCGGCCUUGCUGUUGUGCCUUCUCAACUCCUUCGACCCGGCCGCCUUAGGUACUUUCAUAGCCCAUCCAUCAACUAUCCGGCUUGUGAUUCGAUUCUGGCUUCUCAAAAAUGUUAGCAAACAAGGCAUGCGGUUUGCCAAAGGACCGGCGGACGAGUACAUCUGCUACAUUUUCAAGGACAGCGUCUACCUCUGCCCUUACAUCAACCUCUGGUCCUACUUCUUCCGGCGCGAACAGGAUGAUCGAUUCUGGGAGGGCUGGGUCGCCUACUGCAAAGAAAACAACCUCGACGGUGACGUGCUUCUAGCCGACACCAUCGUUUCGCGGCUCAGGACGAUCAGGCGGUGCACGCGGGACCCGGAGGUGGAUGUAUACGCGCUAUGGCUCAAUGCCCGCCCUUUCGUUAACAUGAUCCGUUAUCUCGGCGAGGCAUCGCAACGGGCCAUGGGGUGGGACCCAGAUGUAUAUCCCGGAUUGAAGAUUCCUGUCACCUCGAUGGAGCUCGCCCUAAUGAGGCGCACCUUUCUUCCAGAAGUCAUCCAUAUCUUCAACGACUUAAACGAUCGAUGCGACGCGAAGGCCAUAGCAAGCUAUCCUGAGAUUAUGGAGAAAGCACCUCCAGCUGUCCAGGGCGCUAACAUCGCAGUCCGCGCGUUCAUCUUCCUCAUCCAAUCCACCCAUCGAGGAGCAUACGUCAUUCCGCACGUCCUGUCCGUCGUCAAAGCGGGAAUCGUCCCCCUCUUCGUCAAAGCCCUGUAUACCCUCCUCGAUUACCCAAUUGAUAACCCAGAGUUCUUCGGGAUCGAGCACCAAUACCUAGACUUGUGGGAAUCGGUCGGGUCGAUGAUGGUCUAUUUGACGUCCUACUCAGCAUACCCGUCCAUUGUCGCCGCGAUGAAGGAGUCGUUGGAGGCGAUACCCGAUUCCAUGCUCGAGGCCGUGUCCAAGAGACUGGCCAGCCAUCCCUGUGGAAAGUAUAAGAAAGGGCUCCAACUGUUUCUGGAGAUGGUCAACGAGUGGCACGCCUGUAUGUUGGACUACCGAAGGGUAAAGGACAAGCUCGGUUUAAUGAUUUGCGAUAACCCUGCGGAACAGGACUGGAAUCAUGGGCAUCGGGUGGAAUGCCGCCUGGACGCCAAUCUUCGACGAGAACGUGAGCUCGACGAGUCAUGGUAUACUCACAACUGGCGCUCCUGGCACAUAUUCCUGAUCCUCUGGACCUAUCGGACGAAGGCCCUCUUCCACGAGCACCUCAGACGACCUGCUGAUUCAAUCCUUAGCCUCGUGAACAACAUAUACCCAACGAUGAUGACUUUCUUCCCGCCAGGCUGCUACUUGAUGGAAGGCAUCUCUCACAGUUCCGAUAUACCCCAGAAGGAUUCGCUAGAAGCGCGACUCGCGGCGAUGCUCAAGGCGGCGGGCGAUCAGGCUGAAAGGGAGGAACAGUCCGAGUAUCUGUUUGAUAUUCCUUUCCCAAGGAUACGCCUCGUGGAGGGACUGUUUAUGUUUGGGCAGUGCGCUGUCUCGGUGAUGUUACAGGUGAAGAUAACGGGGGUUCGAGAAGAGGGGGCAGAAGUCGAUUUGGAGGUGAUGCAGACGCUGACGAGGAUAGGACCUAUUACCGCGGAAAGGAUUCGGGAGUACAUGGAAGGGGAUAACUUUCCAGAGGAGUUUUGA